AUGCAUUUAUUGGUAACUCUGUAUUAUCAUCUCUCAUUUUUGCACUUGAUAUCAUUUCUCCUGUCAAUAAUUUCGCUAUUAAAUUUUUUACUUGCACCACUUGGCACCAUUGGUCAAUCAAUGACUAUCACCUAUCUUCGUCCCACUCCUACGUUGCCAUUCUCUCUGUAUCUUUUCCAGAUCAAGGAACUGUGCGAUCUGUGCGGGCCUCACGUCGAAAUCCUCAAAAUCCAGGAAAUGAUUUCUUCGGAAAAUUCUCCAAAUAAAAUCCCGUUGAACGCCAUCGUUACGGGCCUGGCAAAUUUGACAGAAAUUUCUUUGACGUUUAAACAGGCGUACGCCAAAGACGAUUUUUCCUGGAACAUCGUCAACACGUCAUAUCAGGACAUUGCCUUGUUUGCCAGAGGUCUGGAAAAAAUACGUCUUCAAACAUUGAGAAUUACAAAUUCAGAUAUAAAUUGCGACAAGGCCCUAAUUAUAUUGAAAUCUCUAUUGAAACAUGAUUUGGAAAUUUUGGAUUUUUCUCAUUGUAAAGUGGGCGACAGAGGCGCCACUGCUCUGGCUAAAUUUUCCAUGGAAAAUGGCGUCAACGAAGUUUAUCUGGCAAACAAUCGAAUAGGUCCGACAGGUGUCAAUUGUCUGGCCUACGCUUUGACACAGAACACCUGCAAAAUAAAAAUCCUGGAUUUACGUUUGAAUCAAUUCCUGGACGAUUCUGGGAAUGUUCUAAUAAAUUCCGUAUUUUUCCGCAAUAAAUUCCUAAGGAAUUUAACAAUUUCCGGAUGCGGUUUGACCUCGAAUUUCCAAUUAGCACGAGCCUUGAAAUCCAGAAAUUAUUGUUUGGAAAAGCUGGAUUUGAGCAACAAUUUUUUCGAUGAGGAGUUUGGAUUGAGGCUUUUAGAGGCUUUGAGUUUUAGUAAUAAAACGCUUAAAAAAUUGGAUUUGAGGAUGUGCAAAAUUGCCUCAAAGAUUGAGGCUCAGAUUCAUCAAGAAAUUUAUCAGAAUCGUGAAAAAGGGAUUGAGCAUUUUGAGGAGGAAAUUCCUGAAAUUAGUUGGGAUGAAAGUUUAGUUGAAGAAAUGGAUGAAGUUUUCGUUGAACAAAGUUUGACGUCAGUUGAAGACCCAUUGGUUGACAUUGUUGACAAAUAA